AAACGUAUCUUGCGAGGAACGUUAAGAAACAAGAAAGUUAUAUAUGUGUUUUUGUCGUUCUUAGGAAAGAAAUUAACUAAUUCUUUGAUUGACAAAUCAUGAGGCUAUGGCUCCAAAUUAUAUUGGAAUGGCUAAAUUGCUUAGAUGUGUCAGAGAAGAGUGUCAAAGAUUUGAAAGAAUUAGAAGAUGGACUGUUUUACAAAAAAUUGAUAGAGUUGUGCUCUCAGAAAGUUGAUCACGAAAGUUUAAGUACAGAAAAUAUGAUCACAAAGUUUUUACAAGAUGACUAUCCUGAAUUUAAAUUUGAUGAAGAAUGCGGUGGAGAAUUGGAGCAACUAGAAAUUGCUUCCUUAUUUUUGUUACAUGUAUGUCAAUAUGAACCAUUAUUUUAUGGACCAAUGAGUAACAAAUUACAACAUGAAACUCAACUAAAAAUUAAAACAUUUCUCGAAAUGAUGAUUCCUUAUGAAAAACGUAUAAACAGAGAUAUAUUAAGGACAGUAAUUGCUGAGUUAGAAGACAACAUACCAAAAACACCCAUAACGCCGAAGACACAAUCUCUAAGACAUUUUUUUAAUUCUCCUAUUGCACGAUCUGCACAAAGUUAUAAACUGUUAAAUGAAAGAAAUCGUGAAUUAAGGCAAUUAAGAAGUCAAUUGGAAAUGGAAAAAUUUGAAAAAGCCGAUUUACAAGAAGAUGUACGAAUACACCAAAAUAAAGUUCAAAACUUACAGAAAAAGUUACAAGAAAAAAUUGCAGAGAUAAAAGCCUUACGGCAAGAAACAAUACAAACGAAUACUCCACAGUCUUGUAAAAAAAAUAAAACUAUUGUAGACUGCCAGCAAUAUUACAAAAAGGAAAUAGAUUAUUUAGAAAAUCAACUGAUGCAAAAACAAAACGAGGUAGAUAAACUUGAAGGGGAAAACGACAACCUAUCUAAAAAAUUAGCAUGCGUAGAAAAGCAAUGUGUGUACUUUAAGGAAAAAAUACAAAAUUGUGAGAAAUCUUUGGAAAACUUGCAAGUUCAAGGAGAAAUUAAGGACAGAGAGCUGGUAAAUCUGAAAAUGACUAAUGAGGAACUACGUACUCAUUUAAAAGAGUUUAACAAAACAGGCAUUGCAGAAAGAAGUUUUGAAAUCGAUGGAGUAUCACCCUUAAAUUCAUCUGUAUCAUCCCUAAAUACUAGCGAAGUUUUAAGUUCGGUUAUUGAAAUUCAAUUACAAGAAGCAAAAGAAGAAUCUGUUUCAUUAAAAACGCAGAUUGAUACUUUAAAUAAAAAGUUGGAAUCUACCAGCCGCGAUUAUAAAAAUGUAACAGAACAAUUACAGAAAAAAACAGAAAUGUUACAAAGUACAGAAACUACAUUAAAUAGCGCCUUAAGUAAUUUAACUAAAAAGAUUGAAUCUUUAAAAGGAGAAAAUACUUGUUUAACAGAUCAGAACCAACAAUUACAAGAUUUGUGCACCUCUCAGAAGAUAUCUUUAUCACAAAUCGAAGAAUCCAAAAAUAUUUUAAACACUGAAGUAGAGACUUUGAGAGGGAAACUUAAGAACACAGAGGAAUCUUUACACAAUGAAAAUGUAAAUAGCGUGAAACUAAAUGAAGCACUUGAAGAAGCUAAGUUGAAGAUAUGUGAAAACAUUAAAUGUAUACAAAGUUUAACACAUCGAAAUAACUCAUAUGAAACUUCUAUUCAUAAUUGCAACACAAAUUUAAAAGAAAUUAUCCUUCAUAAUUUCGAAACUAAAGAUAGUGAAAAUAAUUUAAAUGAUGCUACAACUAUUGAACUUGUGCAAUAUCUUCGAACAUUGUUACGUAAAUUGAAUGAAAAAUAUAUUUUAAAAGAAAGGGAAGUUAAAUCGCUAAAUAUUACAAUGGAAGAAAUAAAAUUAAAAGGACAACAACAUCAGUCACUAAUUUUCGAAUUGGAAGAGAAGGAUAAACAAAAUAUUAUAGAAAGGUCAAAACUCGAGGAAACUAUUACACAAAAUGUAAUAAAAAUAAAUGAACUUACUACUCUUGUUAAACAAUAUACCGAAGAAAUUUCAUGUUUAAAACAAAUUCGACUUCAAAAAUUAGCUUUAGAAAACAAUUUGUCUAUACUUACAAAAGAAAUGAAUGAGAAAAAUUCGUUAUUAAAUUCUUCUACAGUGUGUAUAAAGAUUUUAAAAGAAAAUCUUAAUGCUUUUGUAAAAGAAUUCUAUUUGAUUAAACAAAAUAUAUCAAAUCUGUUAAACGAAUCUCAAAAGCAAAACGAAGAAACCAUUAAAAGCAUUUUAAAUGCUUACAAAAUGAUGUACAAAAAUUUUACCGAAGAACAAUUUCAUAGGAAAGAAAUGGAAGACAAACUUGCUGAUAAUGAAAAAGAAUUGAAAGAUAGUCGAAAUUUGACUACUACAUUGAACAAUGGUUUAUCGAAACACAAACAGACAAUAAAUGAUUUAGAGGCCGAAUUAGCAAGUACCAAUGAAAAAUUAAUGGUAUCUGAACAGAAAAUAAAAAAACUUGAAGAAAUAAAUGAAACACUAGAAAAUCAACACAAGAGUAUUAAGUCUCAAAGGGAACAAAUUCUACUUGACUUGAAUAAUAUAAACGAUAAACUUAAAUUAUCUCAAAAAGAAGCAUGUAAUAUUUCAGAUCAAUUAAAAUUCAAAGAUGCCAGAAUUGAACAUUUGGAAACAGAAAUUACUUCUCUAAAAUUAGAAAAGGAAGAGAUUAUUCAUCUAAAAGUGGAAGGAGAAACUUCAAUGAAAUCUUCUAUAAAGGAUAUGGAAAAUAAAUUGUCAGAAAAACAGCGCAACUUGGACGAAUUAAAUGUAGAAAUCAAAUUGAAACAAGAAAUCCUUGAGUCUGUACAGAAGAAAUUUGAAAAAUUAUCGGAAGAAACAGUUACUUCUGAAAUGAAAAUGAAAGAACUAAUUUUGAAUUUUCAGGAAGUAAGAACUAAUCAAGAUGCAGUUUUGAUAACUCAAGAAAAAGCCUUAAAGGAAAAAGCUUUGCAAUUAGUGCAAAUCCAGAAGAAAUUUUGCGAAUCGAAGAAUGCACUUUAUAAACAAUUAGAAAAUGAAAAAUCAUUAUGUAAAAAUUUGCAAACCAAAAACUCCGAAUUACAAAUUGUAUCGUACAAACAAACGAAAUCCAUAGCGGAAUUACAAGAGUUGCUGAAGAUAGAAAGAGACGAACAUAACAAAAGUAAAAAAUACUGUAAAAUUGAAGAUAUGAAAAAGAUUGAAAUUGCGGGGGUGUGUAAAGAAUUAGAACAUUCGAUAAAUGAUUUAAAAUUAGCAAUAUCAGAGGCAAAUUUAAAUAAUGAAAACUUUCAUGCUGAUGUCUUGUGCGAUUCAUCGUGUACAAAUAAUGAUGAGAAAACUAACAGUAUUUUAAAUACUCUACAUACAUCUAUUAGGGUAAUUCAUAAAUCGCGUAAAUUAAUUUUGCAUCUGUCCAAUACAAAUACAAACUUGAAUGAAACCUUAGAGAAUCAAAAAACAGUUGUAGAUAACUAUGUUACAAAAUGUGAAGAAAUUAAGUCACUAAAAAAUAAGAUACAAAAACUGAAGAAUGCAAAAGAGAAAUGUAUGGACUAUAUAAAUGAUCUUAUUACGAAUAAAGAGUUAUUGAGGGACUCUUUACAAAAUAUUAUACAAUCAAGAGAAAAUUUGGAUAUAUCUUUAAAUGAAUUAAAGCAAAAAUGGGAUGAAUUGUUAAUAAAAUUCUGUAGUAUUUUUACAAUUAAUAAAUCGAUGUGCGAUGAAUUGAAACAUAUACAAGCCAAAAAAGAACACCUUCAAAACGUCUUGUUUAAACAUAAUGCUCAACACUUCCAAAAUAUAAAAUCCCUGCAUACAAUUUUAUGGCAAAAGUUCUUAUGGACUGAACAAACAUUAAAAGAUACUUAUUUGGAUUCAGCAAACAACGAACAACCUUUCAAUAUUCCUAUUAAUAGUUUUUCCGAUGAAAGAACGUUAAUAGAAGCAGAGUUACAAAAAAAUACGAUGUUACAAAAAGAUAUCAUUCAAUCUCGGAAUGAAAUAGACGAUUUCUUUAAAUUAGUUACUUCAUUCGAGAUUAACUUAAAAUCUGAUGAAAGAAAGUAUCAAUCUGAUGUAGAAAAAAAAUUACACUUACAAAUUAAUGAAUUAGUAGAAGAGAAGAAUAAUUUACGAAGCAAAUUAGACUGUGCACGGAUUAAAAAUGCGGAAUUAGAAGGUCGUAUCGAAGGACUCGAGACUAAAAUGAAAGCACUGAAGACAGUUUCAUCAAAGGACAUAGAAGAUUUAAAAACAGAAAUAAUGCAGUCAAAGCAAGAAAUCUUAAACUUGCAAAUAGAAAGGAAUGAAUUAAGCAAGCGGCCAAAGAAAGAAGAUGUUGAUAAUCAGUUGAAAGAAAUUAAACUCCACAUGAAAACUGCAUAUAAUGAUCAAUUGGCAAAACUGUACAAAGAACAAGAACAACGUGUACAAGAAAGACUGGAGGUACUACAAAAAAAAAUGGAAACACAGUGUCGUAAACAGGCAGAUGAAUUAAGCAAAUACAAAGCACAUGUUGCUGACAUGAGUUCACAAAUUUGGAAUGUUGGAGAGAAACUCUUAAGCGAACGACAAGAAAAGGAAAAAUUAUACAAACAGUUAAUUGAACUUAAAGCUAAACAUGAGAAUUUGGAUCAACAAAUACUUACCUCAAUAGAGCAUAAAAAUCAAAAACAUGAAAAAAGAGAUUUAAUACCAGAAGACAAUAAAGAUGUUUUACAGAAAAUUGCAAUAAUACAGGAGAAAACUACUUAUGAAAGAAGAUGCAGCAUUAGGAGCAUACAGUCAAUGGGCAAUGCAUUUAACGCGGAGGACGAAGAGGGAGAAAUCUUUGACAAUACAUAUUUAACUGAUAUAAAAAAUGGCCAUUCUACACUCGACAUUGAUACAGAUCGAUUAUCUAUUUUGAAAAAGAGAAAUGCUCUUUGCAAACCUCAUCUAAAAUCUUCUUAUCCCGCUGAAAUGCAAUUUCAUCCUUUACCAUUUACAGAAGAAGAAAUUAAAGCAGGCUCAGCACCAGAAGAUGUAUUUAAUGAUAGUUUGAGUCAGAGUUUACUUCCUGAACAGAAAGCCAAAAAGAAGGACAGAACUCAAACAUCGUAUAAAAAGCCUGGCCCUCCGACUCCCAGUAAAAAUGGAGGAAGAGUAUCGUUACAAGUUAGCGAUCUAAAGAGCCCAAAUUCGAGAAUAUUAAGAGAGAGAAAUAAAGAUAGAGCAACAACUACACCGCGCACACUGAAGAGUCUAUUCACUUCAAGGCGUCAAGACGAGAAUGCUGCAGUAACACCAAGAGGUCGUAGAAGAAGUAGCAUUUUCCGUAAAUACAGAGUCACGAAUGAUAGAUGAAAAUAAUCACGUACAUGAAACGAAAAAUUUAAUAAUACUGACUUUCAUAACUGUAGUGGGACUACUUUUCUGUAAUCACAUUUUUAUAUCAAUUUAUAUAAUUGUACAGUGAAAACUAGAAUUAUAAUUUUUUUUUAACUGUAAACAAUCUAAGCGUGCAAGGAAACAAAUAUUCGUAAUUCGUACAUUAUAGUCAUUUAUUAGACAAUUCUUUAAAUAAUUUUAUAGCAACAAUAAUAAGUAAAAGUUUUAUCGAUAUAAAUAUGCCAAUGUUGAGAAAUGUACGGUAUGUCAUGUAUAAUGAGAUACGAUGGACGCAAAAGAAAAUAUGUCAUUUUAAAUAACAAAAAUAUUUUAUAAGAACGAUUUAAAGAAUACUUGUAAUAAUUUCUCAACGUGAAAUGAAACUCUAUGAUCAAUCAGUAGGUCUCUUAUUUUAUAUCUUAUGUGUAUAUAUAUAUAUAUAUGUCUAUAUAUGUAGCUGAUUGAAUACGUUUUACGUAUUACGGUAUUUGAAACCUAUUCAAUCGGAUACACGUAUGUAUUAUAAAUGUAUCACAAAUCACCUCCUCUUGGAAUACUUCCAUCUUGGAUGCAAUGUAUUCUUCUCAGUUGUACUUCAUUAUUCGGAAUCAGAUUCCUGUAACAAAGAUGUUUCAUUAUUUUAAUAUUUUUUUUUUUAAUAAAAUAUUUUUAAUUCUAUUUUACAAA